ACUCAAUAUACAAAACUCAAAUAUUAAUAUUUGAAAGUAACACAAGUACACUUCCGGAGCAAGAUGCGAUUGAACUGAAAUAAAAGCUACACGACUAGCUUUCAUAUUUCCAUCACAAUGUCUUUUCAAGUUGAGUUUGACAGAAUCUGAUAUCAUCAUGGCUUCAGAACAAGCGCGACUAAAACAAGAUCUAAAAGAUGCGUUAGAGAGGGGCGAUGAAAGUGAAUUGAGACGACGCCUCCAAUAUUUAUUACCUGGACUUGAGUUUCCAAAGGACACCAUAGUAUGGGCGUUUGGAAACAAUGUCACAAUGAGCAGAGAAACAAUCCAGCUUUUAAUGGAAUAUGGAAUGGAUAUUAAUGCAAGAUACAAAUGUUUUCCGGUGUAUGGCUUUUAUGAAAACGAUAAGACUGCAUUGAUGUUUGCAGCAGAGAAGAAUAAUUUGGAAUGUUGUCGUACUCUGAUAGACCAUGGUGCUGACGUUAAUGCCAGUGCCAUUAAUGGGCAGACUGCAUUGAUGUUUGCAGCAGAGAAGAAUAAUGUGGAAUGUUGUCGUACUCUGAUAGACCAUGGUGCUG